AUGCCUUCAGAUUUAGAAAAAGCUUCAAGAAGAAAAAAUGUACAGCGUAUUCUUGCAAAAACUCCAGUCAUAGACUCAAUUGUUAAAGGGGUCUCUAAGGCUAUCAGGCCUGUUAUUGAGGAAACGUUCAGGGAAAAUUUCACAACUGUACUCAUUCCGUCAUAUCAAAAAGCUACAAACGUAAUGUUUGAACAAAUAACUGCUACUUUCGAGGCUGAUCUACAAGACAUUGCUUACAAGAGUGCACAAGUUUCCUCGUAUUCUAAUAUGGGAAGUGUUAGAGAUCAGAAUACUUUGGCACGUUUGCAGACUUCUUUGGAGCAUCUAACUUUAUCC